AUGAACAUACCAGAAGUAAAAUCCUACAUACACAUCAAGUACACAUUUCACACUUCUACUCUCAAUCAUCCAAACCUGCUCGUUCUACCUCUUUCUUCCUCUCUGUUACCUGACACCACAAGAGCCAGGAGAUCCUCCACCAUAGAGCACGAAAGCCAGCACAAGAUGACAGUCACCAACUACGACAUGAUGCGACCCUGCUUCAGUGGAUACCCUUUUCAAGGCCAGGGCCGGGUCAACCAACUCGGAGGAGUCUUCAUCAACGGGAGGCCUCUUCCCAACCACAUCAGGCUCAAGAUCGUCGAGAUGGCAGCCGCUGGAGUACGCCCUUGCGUCAUCUCCAGGCAGCUCAGGGUGAGCCACGGCUGCGUCUCCAAGAUACUCAACAGGUACCAGGAGACGGGCAGCAUCAGGCCGGGGGUCAUUGGGGGUAGCAAGCCGAGAGUGGCGACGCCAGACGUCGAAAGGAGGAUAGAGGAGUACAAGGGAGAGAAUCCCGGAAUCUUCUCCUGGGAGAUCAGGGACAGGUAA